AUCUCGAAAUUGUAUACUCAAUCUAAAUCUAAGAAGAUGGCACCCUCACAUAUGGAUUAUCUACACAACGUAAACGCGAAGGUAAUUGAGUCGGAAAACGAAAAGUACAAUACGGGUUGCUACAAGCAUAAGAAAUUUGGCAAACGCAUCAGUAAGGAUGAUGUGCCACCAACUGCAGCUCCACUUUUCCGUCCAUACGCACUCAGCGAGAAUACGCAGCGUAAACGUCGCCAGGAGUUACAACAACCGCAUUUGCUGUCGCAGUCGCACCCACAGCAUCAACUCCCACCCACUCCACCAACAACGCCUCCACAACUGCAGCCACAGCAGCACUUCCAGACACAAGUACCUCCAGAGUACAAGUACCAACAACAUCUCCAUCAACAUCAAGCGCCGCAGUUUUAUGUUCCCACGAACACGCCAACACCGACGCCAACACCCGUGAUCAACCAUCAGGCUUUGGCUUACGUGCUACAAAAGCAACGCGCUGUACUCCAAAUACGUCAAAUGCUCAGCAUCAAUCCCGAUGCAAAUACCUGGCCAACAGAGUUACGCAAUGCCCUGUACUCCAUGAUGCAGCAGUAGGUGAAUGAAAUAUAAAACCGGGGUAACUUCAUCCCCAAUACGGUGAUUUGCCUAGCAACC